AUGAAAGAUAAUUUGGAUAUUGAAAGAGAACGUAGGUCGCUGUCUGUUCGCUGCAACAUGUUGGCCCGCAGAUUUGCAAAAUGUACCGAACAUGUUAAGUUAACUCUUUUUAAAGCAUACUGCCAAUCCUUCUAUACCUGCAGUCUGUGGGUUGACUACACGCAGAGAACAUACAGAGACCUACGUGUGCAGUACAACAACGCGUUCAGGAUGUUGAUGGGGCUGCCGCGUUACUGCAGUGCCUCCGGCAUGUUCGCGGACUCUCGUACUGACGGGUUCGAUGCCAUCAUUCGAAAGCGCUGCGCCUCCUUAUUGCGGCGAGUGCGUGACAGCCCUAACAGGAUCCUGAGCGCCUUGACGGAAAGGUGGGACUCGGCGAUGCUGGAGCAUUGGAUACAUUUACAUGUAGACUAG